CGUCAGCAGCCCAGACUCAUCAUAAAGUUGAAAUCAUCCAACAGACGGACCAGAACUCAGCUCAGUCUUCUUCCAGACACUCUGCUGAACUGUCUGAGCUGCCUUCAGCUGCUGUCUCUGUACAGACAGCUGCUAGCCGACACGCUGCUGAUGGACCGGCCCACCAUGCAGAACGCAGAUCUGAUCUGCAGUCCGGUCCUCUCUACCUUCCCCGGUCUGUUGGACCAACCAGACCUGCUGGAUGCUCUGAGGACUGCCUGGCUGGAGGCUGAGAGCAGCAUGAGCAGAGCACAGAGGAGAGACUCGUCAUAUUUAAAACAGGACUUUGUUAAAGUCUACAUGUCUUCCGUGUACUUCCUGCUCCGCUCGCCGUCGCUGCCCCGUUACCGCUGGGCCGACCCGCCCUCAGAGGAGCAGCGGGCCAGAGUCAUCUACGCCACCCUGGAUGCUCUCAAACACACCUGGAACACCACCGGCCAAUCAGGAGGCCCGGAGUUCUCUGUCGAUCCCAAACGCGAGCAUCUGGCCUUCGAUAUCACAGAGUUGGCCUUUGACCUUCUCAGAGUGGCACGCUAACAUCUGAUCACUCAGUUAGACGUUGAUGAUGUUCAGUGUAAAUGUUCCUGUAUAGUUCAGUGUGUUCUAGACAUCAGUUUGGGUUAUUAAACAGAAUUAAACCCUUACAUGAAUU